AGUCUAUGAUAAAUUGUGUAUAGUGAGAGUUUUUUUUUUCAAAUUAUAAAUUUUCAAACAAAAUAUCAAUUUUGUUAAAUUAAUUUCUUAUUUUCAAAUUAUACUCCACAAUGAAUGCUUUGGCAAAGAGACUUUUUACUAUCAAACGAGUUGGAUCGUUGCCAAACUAUAAAGAAUUUUUAGCUAAAAAGGGUUCUGUAAAAAGAACAAUGCCGGUUAUAGAUGGCUUUAAUUUUAGAAUGUUGAAGGGAGAAGAAGAUAUACCCAGAGUUGCACACUUACUAACUGAAGGUUUUAAAAGUGAAAUAACCUAUGUUAUUGGAAAAAAUAAUCUAGAAUGUAUGAAAAAUUUUUGGAUAAAAACCUUAAAUUACGAUACGACUACAAGAGAUAAUUUUUUACUAGCCGAAGUGGACAAUGAAGUAAAAGGUUUUAUAAAAAUACAGGAUUUUGAAGGGAAAGAAAAACAUCUACCACUUUCUGAAGUAUUUAAAAUUUUUCCUUUCUUUGGUGUUUUGAAAUUUUUAAUAGCUUUGUGGCAAGUGGACAAGACUAGUGUUAGAUCAGAAAUUCCUGAAAAAUACAUAGAAUAUAUAUCAGUAGAUUCGAAGGCAAGAGGGAAGAAGAUUGCUCGUAAUGUAUUAGAAUAUUUUGAAUAUAUUGCAGAGCAAAGAGGUGCACAGAAAGUAGCUUUAACUGUAUACUCGAAUAAUAAACCUGCAAUAAAUCUUUAUCUUAGAGCUGGAUAUACUACAACAUACGAAAUUAGUGGUCCAAAAUGUCUAAAUGCUGGUCAUGAGGAAGUCCUGGCUCAUCAUUAUUGA